AUGAAUACUUCCAGGACCUUUUUAUUUCAUCUGGUGGUGUGUUUUGGUUCAUGCAACUGUAAGCCUCUCAGUAAUGACGUUCAAAUAAUCGAGGAUCUGGAGAAAUCGUACAAGCUGUCAGAGGACCUUCUGGCAGAAGAAGACACCAAGUCCAGAGUAGAAAACCUUGUGGGAAGUUUAAAGGAAGGUUUUUUAAGGCAACUCAACCUGUCAACUGUUCCACAGGAGCGCAGCAGGAUCUCCCCCCCACAGAUCAUGGUGGACCUGUACAACAAGUAUGUCUCGGACAGUUCGACAUUGCCCCAGUAUGAUGUAAUACGAAGCUUCAUGGUUCAAGAUAUUCUUACUAUAAUAAAUGGCACUAAAUCACAACACAGGCUGCAGUUCAAUGGCAGUAUUCCCAACCAUGAGAAGAUUACCACUGCUGAACUCCAGCUCCUCUUCUUGCAGGAUGCCCGAUCAGAGGUCACCUCCGAGAGUUUUAAAGUCCCAGUUAAAGUUUAUAAGGUUGAUGGCAACAAUUUCACAUCUCCAACACAAAGUUUGUAUAGCAAGGAGAUUGUGGUCUCACAGAGCACAUGGGUGACGUUUGAUGUGACUACUUCAGUUCAAAGCUGGUUGAAGUUGGGCCACGGAGUGACUGUUUUUGAUGUAGUCAUGGAUAUGAAAGACUGCAGUGCUUCUGAUAGAGGAGAGGAGAAAGUCAGCUGCUUCAACAUGAGUUUAUCUAUUGGAGAUAAUACUUCGGCCAUUUUAAUAGUCUACUCGAAUGACUUCAGCAGCAAAAGGAGAGAGGCAAAAAAGGAACUAAAAGAGAUGAUGCUUCAUGAAGAAGAAACCUUUCUUCAGAUGGGGGAGGAUUUGAACAGAGGAAAUCAACCUCCAAAUGAGAUGCCUGACACUCGGUAUUUAAGGAGAAUGAAAAGGAAGGCAGAACUGGAAUACUGCCACCGAACCUCACUCAAAGUCAACUUUAAAGACAUUGGCUGGGAUAGCUGGAUUGUAGCACCUCCAGAAUAUGAUGCCUUUGAAUGUCGAGGAGUGUGUUACCACCCGCUGACCGAUGAAUCAACCCCAUCAAAGCACGCCCUCAUCCAGGCUCUGAUGAACCUCAGAGAUCCCAAGAAGGCCAACAUGGCAUGCUGCGUCCCCAUAAAACUGGACCCUAUAACAGUCAUGUAUCAGGAGAAUGGGCGCCUCACUAUAAGAUACCUUUAUGAAGAGAUGAAAGUGGCAGAGUGUGGCUGCAGGUAG